CUGGCCUCGAGACGACCGACGCCGCGGGGGGCGGGCCGAGGCGGCGCGCAGGCGCACUGCGGCGCGAGUCUCGGGACCCCGCUCCGAGACUAUGGCGCUCAACAAGAACCACUCGGAGGGCGGCGGAGUGAUCGUCAACAACACCGAGAGCAUCCUCAUGACCUACGAGCAUGUGGAACUCACGCUCAACGACAUGAAGACCGUGCCGGAGGCCUUCAAAGGGACCAAGAAAGGCACCAUCUACCUGACCCCCUACCGGGUCAUCUUCCUGUCCAAGGGCAAGGACCCCCUGCAGUCCUUCAUGAUGCCCUUCUACCUGAUGAAGGACUGCGAGAUCAAGCAGCCCGUGUUCGGCGCCAACUACAUCAAGGGGACAGUGAAGGCCGAAGCCGGAGGCGGCUGGGAAGGCGAGGCCACCUACAAGCUGACCUUCACGGCCGGGGGCGCCAUCGAGUUCGGCCAGCGGAUGCUGCAGGUGGCUUCCCAAGCGUCCCGAGGUGAGGUCCCCAAUGGAGCGUACGGCUACCCCUACAUGCCCAGCGGGGCCUAUGUGUUCCCCCCGCCCGUCGCCAAUGGAAUGUACCCCUACCCUCCGGGCUACCCCUACCAAGCGCCCCCACCUGACUUCUACCCGGGGCCGCCCAUGAUGGACGGGGCCAUGGGCUACGCGCAGCCCCCGCCGCCGCCCUACCCGGGGCCCAUGGACCCGCCUCCGGUCAGCGGCCCCAAUGCCCCCUCGACGUCCGCAGCGGAAGCCAAGGCGGCGGAGGCGGCUGCCAGCGCCUACUACAACCCGGGCAACCCGCACAACGUGUACAUGCCCGCGAGCCAGCCGCCCCCGCCCCCCUACUACCCCCCGGAGGACAAGAAGACGCAGUAGAGGCGGCCCGCCCCGUGCUGCCCCCCCUCCCCCGGGCCGGGCGGGAAGACGAGGGGCGCCUCUUGGUCUCCAGUUCUGAUGUCCAGAUUUGUCAGGACCCCGCCGGGAGGCCAGGGAGGCCCUGAGCGCAGGGCAGCGCCCCCACCUCCCCCGCCUGCUCUCCUGGCGCCCCGAGCCGCGCCCACUCGCCCCCGCGGCUGCGUCUCGUCUCGGGAGGGGUGUCCCGCCUCCCGCCUCGCGCCAGCAGCUUCCACCCACCCAGAGGGACCCUCUGGCCACCUCUGCCGCAGCCCAGCCCCCUGCCCCCUGCUGCUCCCCUGCCUUCCCGGGGCCCCCAGGCCCUGUGGCCACAUUCCCUCGCACGGGGGCUGCCGGACCCCCACGCCCCCCGCCCCCAGUGGCCUGCUCCCCGCCUGCCCCCACUCUGCGACCUCCAGGGCUGCUGGGCGGGCCCGGCCCAGCCCCUCCAUCGGCCCUUUUCCUUCCCAGACUGGAAGUGCCCGGAGCGCGCGUCCCUCCUGCCGUUCGGGGAGGGGGCGCCCACCCCCUCCAGAGCUGCCCGAUCCUCUUGCUCCUGGGCCGGCCGAGGCACGUGGCGAUGGUUAUGUAAAGAGAAGCCCUAUUUAUUGACACACAAAUCCAAUUAAUAUAUUAAUGUGAAAUAAACCCUGUUUGCACCUUG